UCGGGCCCAGCCCGGGGCCCGGCCAGCUCCGCCCCGGGAAUCCCGGUGCCACGGCAGCAGAGUCCUCGCCUCCAGCAGAGCAGGUGCAGCGGGCGGAAAGAGCCGUAGCGCAGAGAUCCCGGGCUGGCUGCCGCCUGCCGGGGGAAGGGAGCUGGGCACCGGGGUAGGGAUGAUCCGCGCCCGGGGAGGUCCCGGCCCCUGAUGCGGCUCUGGAGCCGGAUGACAGCGCAGCCCACUUCCCUCCCCUUCCCCGGUCUCAGGGGCCCCGCGGCUGCUUCGGCUCUGGAUCCUCAGAUCCCUCCGAAUUCGGUGUGACCCACGCGGUGAUCCGGCUCCAAUCUGGAUAUAGACCCUCCUUCUUGGUGACCCGGAUUGCACGGUACCCGGCUCCGCUGGCGAUUGCACACCUCUUUCCCAUCCCGGGAAUCGUCCUCCUUGACUCUGCCCGUAACGGCGUCGAUUUUGCAGCCGCCACAAGGAUUGGAGACUAUCUACCUGCUUCUGUUUGGAUUGCACAUAGUUUCCUUGCACCGCUCGAGGUUGCACAGCAGCGCUGCACUGACCCGAUUGCACAACAUCAGCACCGACACAUCUCCAGAUUGCACGUUAGUUACUUGCAGAAAUUGGGAUUGCACAGCAGCCUUUGUACAGGUCCAUACUGCACAUUACUUACCUGCACCAAUCCGGAUUGCUCAAUAGCCUUGGGCUAAUCCAGACUGCACAAAAUCCUUUGCGCUGAUUAGAUUGCACAGCAGAUCCCAGCAUAGAUUGCACCUGCACUGAUCUGGAUUGCACACUAUUCACUUACACUGAUUCAGAUUGCACAUUAUUUACCUGCACAGAUUCAGAUUGCAUAGCUGCUUCUGCAGGUGUCCGUGUGUGUUUGCUCACUGCCAAAACUGGUGAAAGAUGUUGCCAGGGUCUAUCCAGAUCUCUGGGGAGACUUUAUCAAGUGCUGAGAUCCGGGACAUUUGCGAGAGCCUGCGGGAGAACGCAGUGCGCCUGCUGUCACUCCGGGGCUGCCAGCUUUCUGACCGGGAUUUCGGGCGCAUUUGCCGAGGGGUAGCGGAAUCUCACUCCUUGGCUCAGCUCAACCUCAACCUGGGGAUUGUGUCCAACAUCAACCGGGUGAAGCAACUGGCAGAAGCCCUGAAGACAAACCGCUCCAUCCAGUCUCUGUUCCUCCAUGGGAGCCCCCUGACAGACGCCGGCCUAGCUCUCCUCAAUCCAGCGCUCUCCAUCCAUCCCUCUCUGGUGGCUUUGGACUUGGGAGACUGCAUGCUGGGUGAUGAGGGCAUCAACUUGGUCUGUGGGCUCCUGCCUCCUGAUGGAGCCAAGUCAGGCCUUAAGGAGUUAACACUAAGCGCAAACCCGGGUGUCACGGCCAAAGGUUGGGGGCGCCUGGCCAUUGCAGUAGCUCACAGCUCCCAGGUGCGAGUGUUGAACCUGGACUACAACCCCCUCGGUGACCAGGUAGCAGGGAUGCUGGCUGUUGCUGUGGCCUCCAGUCGCACCCUGGAGGUUCUGGACUUGGAAGGAACAGGACUUACCAACCAUUCAGCCCAGACCUUGCUGGACAUGGUGGAGAAUUACCCAACCGCCCUGCGGACGCUGAUCCUGGCCGAGAACAACAUCAGUCCUGAGCUGCAGCAGCAGAUCUCAGACCUGCUCUCCGAGGGUGAGGAAGAGGAGGAGAAUGAGGCUCAUGAAGUCACAGCCAGGGAGAAGAACCCCUGGAUCUGCCAGAGCAAUCCCAGCUCCCAGAUGGUCUUGGUGACAUCAGGUCUGGGCGAGAGCCUCUUAGCAGAAACAGAGAUGUGACUAGGAUACUCCUGCAGCGUCUACUGAGAAAAACACUGUUUGCCUGUAUGGGUGGACCAUGUGCAAUGCGUGCAUAUGUGUGUGUGUGUGUGUUUGUUCACGCCACACAUGCUGGGUGAAUGUGCUGUAUGUGUGCAUACCCUGCUGUGCCCAUGCCCACGUGCCUCCAGGAGGCCUGCCCCAAUUGUGCGUUCACAUCCUUUAAGUCCCAUCCAUGCCACCUUUGGGUUCCGAGUUUUGGAUCCUGGCUGAGUGAAUCUACAUGAGUGUCUGUGUCACAUGCUCUGUCAGCUGCUUGUGCUUAUCCUCUUACUGCAUGUUUAGAUCACACAGCCUCCCACUCCUGGCUGUACAUUCCUGACCCACAUGCUGGAGGUUGUAUUUAUUCAGAGGUAUAUAUUUGUGUAUAACAGAUGUUCUUUCUAUUGCUUGUACUGGUGUCUUGAAGAGUUUUAUAAAGGUCACAAAUGUGGCACAGCUCAUGGGGUGCAAGAGGCUCUGUCAUUCCUGCUCCCACUGACAGGGAAGGGCAUUGAGUGGGCUGGGAGAGUUUGAUUGAGCAGAUGAGCCGUAUGUCCUGGAGCCGGUGCUGGGCACGGUGUGUGAGCAAAGACCACAUGGCCAGACUCUACUGCUCUGUCUCCACUUCCCCAUGACCCAGAGCUGGCUAUCAGGCUGAGUAGUUCUUGGGUUCUGUCUUGUGGGAGAGAGCCAGAUCCAGUGUAUGUAUGCAGGAGAUGCAUGGUUCUCUGCUGUUCCAUGAGAGUAGAGCCCUGAAAUCUUGCUCAUUGCUCGUACCUCUGAAGCAUUUGCUCCCACGGGGAAUCAAAGCUGAGCCAGAUUCUGUAUAGCCCCAUCUCCCUGAAGGGAAUUACAGUGAGAAAGGGCCAAAGCCCUUGCAGUAAGAGGGGCUUGUCCCUCUAAUCCUGGAGCUCUUCUAACUCUAGCUCUUUUGUUAGCAGCUGCAGAGCUGGGCAGAAUUUGCAGGGGAGCUGGCCAGUGAAAACCCAGGUGCUGCAGGCAGAGGUGAGGGGGACUCAGGCAGGGGUGCACUGCCCUUUUCACUCAGUGCUGACUCGAAUGCCUCUGGAAAGUGCAGAGGGACGCAGUUACAGGGUGUGACAAGGGGAUUCAGGCAGAGGUGCUCCUUGGGUCACAUCCGCACCAAUAUUCCAGGGCAGUGCCAAGGGACGAUGUGCUGUAGAAGCUGCUGUAUCUCAGGUGAGCCUUAAAGCCAAAGGUCUGCUCCUUGGAGCAGUUUAUGUAAGAGUGGGGAGGGAGGUCAAAUUCCAGCUUGUGCCAGUCCAGUCUGCCUUCCUGUAUCUGCCUUGGGAGACAGCUUAUCCUGCCCGCCUAUGGUGCAUUCCCAAGUGCUGUUAGCCCAGGCUAGCAGCUUUGCGUCCGUGAGUUUGUUAAGUGCUUUCGGAUGGCUGGGACACGGGAGCAGUUUAAGAGGUUUUAUUCCAUAAUAAUAAAACCCAGCAGGGCAGAGCCCCAUCGCAUCUGAGCUCAACCUGGCACCUGCCGCACACCCACUAGAGAACCAGGCAGAGUGGUUAGCUGGAAAGGCUCAGAUUGGAGCUGGCUUCAAACCCAGGUAGAACAAUGAACCUGUAACUGGCUGUGGCCUGGAGAGCUCACCCUUUCCCCACUCCAGCA